GCAACAUGAUCUGCCAUGUCAGAGCAGGCAGCCUAUCAAAUGAGGGUAACGGAUUGCAGACCAAUUGAAGUGAAGGAAUGGAAAUCCGAGGUGGCACGUCCACAUCCACCGGCUCAAGCAUAUAGCAUGUUUUUUGGAGUAUGCACUCCACCAUUUGCCAUUGUAUUGUAUUCAUCUACUAAUCGUGAGAGGCAGAGUUUUUUGACCUCCAAUCCAAUCCAAACCAACCCAAAAAACAUGGCUUCUCUGGCAGCAACUACGGCAGCUGCCUCCCUCGGGGUGUCGGAAAUGUUCGGAAACCCUCUCAACUUCAGCGGGGUGGCCAGGUCAGCAACUCCAAGUGCUUCGAGCGCAGCCAGCUUUAAGACAGUGGCUCUCUUCUCCAAAAAGAAGGCCAAGGCAAAGCCCGCCGCGGCUGUUUCUCCUGUCGAUGAAGAGCUCGCCAAGUGGUAUGGUCCCGACAGGAGAAUUUUCUUGCCUGAGGGCCUCCUCGACCGUUCUGAGAUCCCCGAGUACUUGACCGGAGAGGUUCCUGGAGACUAUGGUUACGAUCCUUUUGGGCUGAGCAAGAAGCCUGAGGACUUCAGCAAGUACCAAGCAAACGAGUUGAUCCAUGGUCGGUGGGCUAUGCUCGGAGCUGCCGGCUUCAUUAUUCCAGAGGCCUUCAACAAAUUCGGUGCCAACUGUGGCCCCGAGGCUGUCUGGUUCAAGACAGGAGCUCUACUGCUUGACGGCAACACAUUGAAUUACUUUGGAAAGAACAUUCCCAUCAAUCUAGUUCUUGCUGUCAUUGCUGAGGUUAUUCUGGUUGGUGGAGCAGAAUAUUACAGAAUCAUCAACGGCUUGGACUUGGAGGACAAGCUUCACCCAGGUGGUCCAUUUGAUCCACUGGGGCUUGCAAAGGAUCCGGACCAGGCAGCAAUUCUGAAGGUGAAGGAGAUUAAGAACGGGAGACUCGCAAUGUUUGCGAUGCUUGGUUUCUUUUUCCAAGCCUACGUAACAGGGGAAGGCCCCGUCGAGAACCUCGCCAAACAUCUCAGCGAUCCUUUUGGAAACAACUUGCUCACUGUCAUUGCUGGAUCUGCCGAAAGAGCUCCAACCCUCUGAUCAUCUUCUUUUGUUUUAGCUUUCACAAAUCUUAAUUAGCAAAUCCACUGUUGAGAUUUGUUGUACACCUUUCAUGGAUACAUGUUAAUUAAGGCGCUUAUUAAUCUCUGCUCACCGGCUUGAACAUUGUGAAUUCUCGUUUUUCAUUUUAUUUUAUAUUUAUAUGGAGAGGAGAUCAAUGUUUAUGCUGUAUUUCAAGUACGCCUAUUACCUAUACAAAUGUUGCGACAUUGCCAAUUA